AUGAAAUGCACAGCCAUUGUGCAGCAGUAUAUGUUCGCUGAAACAAUCUUUCAACUUUACUGCGAAGCAAGAAUCGAUUACAGUUUCAAUUUUCGAUUACAAAAUGAAACCUUAUGCGAACAGCUGCUGAUUGCCGCCCUAGAAAUAAAUACGUGGGAAUUUUCUGAUUUGUCGGCAGAUAUGCAAACAGCGACACUGCUUACUGCGAUGCCAUGCACGGUCAGUGUUACUGAUGUUUCAAGGAUAAGUAAAUAUCUAUAUGCUGACGGUCUGCUGGAAGCAUUGAGACCGAAAUUUUAG